CUGCCUGGUGUUCCUAGACUAAGGAGUGACAAGCAGACAUGGCUCAGUUUGCACAGGUCAUGGCUGAAGUGGGCGACUUUGGUCGCUUCCAGAUACAGUUGACUAUCCUGAUGGCUAUCCCCAAUUUCCUGUCUGCGUUCUUCGUGUUUGGUCAGGUCUUCAUGGUCCUUGAUGAAGCCCACCACUGUUCAGUGUCCUGGGUCAAGAACCACACUCUCAACCUGAGUGCAGCUGAGCAGCUGGCCGUUAGCAUACCCAAUGACACAUCAGGCAGGCCCGAGUCCUGCCUCAUGUUCCGGCCACCUCCUGACGGUGCCAGCCUGGAAGACAUCCUCAGCCACCGCUUCAAUGAGACACAGGCCUGCGACUCAGGCUGGGAGUACCCUGAGAACAGGCCUCUGUCCCUAAAGAAUGAGUUUGACCUGGUGUGUGACAGAAAGAACUUGAAGAGGACCUCCCAGUCGGUGUUCAUGGCUGGACUCCUCGUUGGGGCCCUCAUCUUUGGGCCCAUCUGUGACUGGAUUGGCCGCAGAGCCAGCCUUCUGGUGCAGCUGCUUCUGUCGGGUGUUGUAGGUGUGGCCACGGCCUUCGUGCCCAGCUUUGAGCUCUACAUGGCCCUGUGCUUCGUCUCAGCUUCUGCCGUGGCUGGGUAUUUGAUGAGCACUAUGAUCAUCGUUUCAGAGUGGGUGGGGCCAUCCUGGAGAACAUGAGCCAUGGUGCUGGCCCAGAGCAGCUUUGCCCUUGGGCAGAUGGUAUUAGCAGGCCUGGCCUAUGGCGUCCGCAACUGGAGACUCCUUCAGAUAAUCGGCACCACACCAAUCUUCCUGCUCUUCUUCUACUUCUGGAGACACAGGCCCACCUGGGGGCAGACCGUCACAGCCACAGCCUCUGUGGACCCCACCAGUGACACACGGCAGAACGAGAGAGACUGGGAGGGCUUGCUGGUCCAGGAAGCAGGUACCCAGCCAGGCCGAAGAUGGCAGAGCCCUGGGCCCUGCAUCUGUGGAGUGAGUGCAGCCUCCUCAGUGGCUAGAGGCUCAGUGUGUGCUGCUUUCCCCAGGCAAACAGGCAUGGGCUUGGUGAGCACCUUCUCCAGGGUCGGUGGCAUCAUCUCGCCUCUGGUGAUGCUGCUGGAGCAGUACCACAAGGCGGUCCCCAUGCUCAUCUUUGGCAGCCUCCCCAUCGGGGCAGGCCUCCUAUGUGCUCUGCUGCCUGAGACACGGGGCCAGACCCUGAAGGACACCCUCCAGGACCUGGAGCUGGGGGGCCCCCCACAGUGAGCACGGACUUUCUGGGCCUCCUAUCAAGGGCCCUCUCCCUAGGGUCCGGCCUCCCCAUCAUUGUUACUCCAUCUUGCUAACUCAUUGUUGAUGAGGCAACAUGACACCACCUUGAUUCCAGCGAUAAUUGUUAUAAAUCACUUUGCUCCUACACAUGGUAAGGGGAAUCAUGAUGGGACUGUAUCCUGGGCAGCUACUGACUGCCUUUUUCCCUAGCAGGCCCUCAAUGGCAAAAUUCCCUGAGAAAUAAAUGCUGGCUAAACAAAGUUCUUCCUCCACCAUUGCCGUUGGUAGUGC